ACGGGCUGGAGAGAGAAAACGCGCCUUCGGACUGCAGGAGCGUCUCACCGGGUAAAAAAAAAUGAUCCCUCCGCCCUUCAUCCGCGCUGCAGCCCUCGAUGUGUGCAAAAGUCAUGUGAAAGGAUCCAAAACAUUCGAGGAAUCGAGUUUUUUCCUGCAUUAAACUUGUUUUUGAGGAUUGUAAACUCCGACUGUGAUUUUAAAAAGACACAAGAAUUGAAGUUGACAGCAGACAGGUGCAGAAAAUGGCUGGACAGCUCCUGCAGCUCCUCGCCUUGUGGAUUUGUAUGAUUGGCAUUGUUCAGAGCUGUCCUGAGCUCUGCAGCUGCCAGGACAAAUUUGCCCACCAGUUUGCUGACUGUGCUUACAAAGACCUGCUGGUGGUACCUGUGGGCCUCCCCUCCAAUGUGACCACUGUGAGCCUUUCUGCCAACAAGAUCAAAUUACUGAAGAGCAAAAGCUUCGUCAACAUCACCCAGGUCACCUCUCUCUGGCUGGCUCACAAUGAGAUCGUCACUAUUGAGACGGACACCUUGGCCCCUCUGAUCCAGCUCCGAAACCUGGAUAUCAGCUACAACAAAAUUGUGAACUUUCCCUGGGAGGAUCUGCACAACCUCACAGCCCUGCAGCUCCUGAAAAUGAACAACAAUGAGAUGAUAAAUCUUCCAAAGGAUGCAUUCGCCACGCUCAAAGACCUCAGGUCGCUGCGAAUAAACAACAAUAAAUUCACCACCAUUGUGCAGGGGACAUUCAGUGCUCUCUCCUCCAUGUCUCACCUUCAGAUCUUUAACAACCCUUUCUCCUGCUCCUGCAGCCUGGAGUGGCUGAGGGACUGGAUCGCAACCACUAAGAUCUCUGUCCCUGAGCCAAACUCCAUUGUAUGUGAUUCUCCUGAGCACCUGAGAGGCACACAGGUUACAAAUAUCCCCCAACUGGUGUGCACGGCCCCUUCUGUCACAAUAACGUCCCAGCCUGACAUUGAGAACACUGAGCUGUAUGAGGGAUUCAUGGUAGUGUUAAAUUGUGAGACAACAGGAAGCCCUAAACCUCAGGUCAGCUGGGAGAUCACUGCAGGGAAUCAGGACUACCUUUUCCCUCUGCCCUCUGAUGGAGUGAUAAAUGAUGCACCAAUUAAUGACAAAACAACCAACACUCAAUUUCUCGUCUUUCGGAACGGCUCCAUCAUCAUCCCUCGGCUGAGUAAAAGGGAGGAUGGAAACUACAGCUGCACUGCGGUGAAUGAUUUAGGCAAGACUGAGAGCAGCGUUAGGGUGUCUAUGGCAGCCAGCCAGAAACAUGCCAUUGACCAAAUCCCUGCUUCUACACCAGACAAGACCCGCCCUUCAAUUAAAAAGCCCUCAGACCCAAAGACCUCCAAAAACAAUGUGAUCAACAGGAGCAAGACUGAAGAGAGGACAAAGGUCACUCCUGAAGAAUCAUCAGACAAAAGUGUAGACCCAGAGAAGAACGGUGGGUUUCCAAAAGGCCCCACUUUUGCAAGCAAGUGUGGAGUGAGAGACAGCAGUGAGUACAUCUCAAACCACGCCUUUAACUUGAGCCUGGAUGACCUGAAGCAGUACACUUUUGAUUUUGGGGUUAUCGCACUAGAAGUGUCAGAGACAGAGGCCAAAGUACAGCUGAAUCCACUGCAGCUGCCCAGCAGUAAAUCUAACCUGCAUCUGAGUCAAAAUGAAAACCAGGAAAUGGUGAUUCAAGAGCCCAUGGGUCUGUACCAGUCAUCAAACAGUAAAACCACAUUAGACAUGCUCUACCUCUGUGUGAAUACAGGAAAAGGACACUCUGUGGUGCAGUGGUCCAACAUAGAGGAGGGGGUUAAUGCCUACAGGUUCCAUGGUUUACAGCCAGGCACCAAUUACACCCUCUGCCUCACUUAUGGGGGGCAGGACUGUCAGGUGCAAGUAGUUUUCACAACCAGGAAGAAGAUCCCCUCCCUCCUCAUCAUCGUAGUGGUCAGCAUUUUCCUCCUGGGUUUGGCCACCGUCCCCUUACUGGGAGCCACCUGCUGCCACCUGCUCUACAAAUACCAGGGGAAGACCUACAAGCUCAUCAUGAGGGCUCAGAACCCGGAUCAGAUGGAGAAACAAAUGACUGAGUUUGAUCGCAGGGCGUCUUUUGUGGAGUCUGAAAAAACCUUCAACCCAAGUGAGGGGGAGGGGGAGGCCGAGAGAGAGGGAGAGGAGGGAGACGGUGAGGAGGAGGGGGAGGCAGAAGGAAGCGUGGUGACAGAGUCCAUCCCCGGAUCGUCAUCCAAAACCAACCCGGAGGAGUUCGAGGUGGGCUCGGAGUACAGUGACAGGUUACCGCUGGGCGCGGAGGCGGUCAACAUCUCCGAGGAGAUCAACGGGAACUACAAGCAGCCGAGCCGCUGAGAUCAACCCAAGUCUGCGAGGAGAUUGUACAAUAUUUUAUUUUUUACGUAGCCUACAUUCAAGCAGGUAAUUCACCCACCAUUACUACACGUGAAGGGUUCAAAUCAAAGUGUAUCUUCAAUUUCUUUUUUUACCUCAGACCGUCAAUCACUUGAGAUUGUGACUUAAUUCGUGUGACAUCUGUAGUCUUCUGUAAGGUUUAAAAAGCGACAUAAAGUUUACAGCGCGAGCACACUUUUAUUUACAGUUUAUGAGACCUCAAAGUGACCUAAGAGCAGCAACUUGUUUACAGCACAGGCGCGGAUGGGCACAGAGAGGCGCCAAAAAGUAGUGCGCGAACGCGGAGCUCUCCAGGGUACCGCGUGAGUUUAAAACUGUUAUGCUAAAGAAAUCAAUAACUGUUUUCAUGAGCACAAGAAGGGAUUAAUAAAAUGUGCCAAAUGUUAAAAAGCAAUUUUAAACACAGUAACAUCCAGGGAUGACUGCUCUUUUAAUUUUUGUGCUUUUUUCAGGGAUAAAAGAAAAAUUAAACUUUUGAGGCUAUUUCUCAGGCUUGCUUCGACUGUUUGGAGCUAGAGUCGCUUCAUAAAAGACGGAUUUUGAUACAAUAAUUAGUCGAAAUGUAGAAAUUAGGUGUUAUUGCGCCUCACCUGCCCGCCGUGUUAUGCUUCCUAAAUGGAAAUUUCACUCUCACUUGUGUCGUGCUCGAUAGGAAAUUCCAGAUAAUUUACCAACAAAAAUGUGGUUUGACGUAACGUAAGGCUUUAAAAAUAUGCGACUUAAACCUCUUUUAUCGACGGGUGCUGCCUACAGCCUACUACUCUCGCUUUUUACAAUGUUCAUGGCAUGUCACACGUAUUUCCUUGUGUGGUUUUUCUUAGUGUAGUCUAUAGAGGACUGUAGUUGUUACUGUCAACGUGAUGUAAUGCCAUGUGAAAUGAAAUUAUUCGCUUUUUUUAAUGACGGUAAUUUUCUAUGAAGCUUUAACAAAAAGGGCGCGUCCGAGUGUCCGGCUUCACUGUCUUCUGAUGUAAUCUGAUGCAUAUGGUGAGUUUUUUGUGAACUGUUGUAUAACGAAUCAAAAAAAGCACCCGUGACCUUUCCAGGAUUUUUUUUAUAUUAUUUUAUGUACGUGGAAUUAAUAAAACAUUACAAUUCAAA